CAAACAUGGAAGACAAAAAACUCAUAGCUGGAAAAAAAGAGGACAGGAGAGUAUAAUUUUCACAUUAACAAUUUUGUAUCUCUACUUUUUGGUAACCUAACAAAGUGACGUUGGUUUUUACAAUCUAUCUGUGCUAUAAAAAAUCGUUUUAGGGUAAAAAUAUAACUUUCCUGUCUUUAUUAAAAGGGAAGUCCUUUUUUUCCACUUCCGGAUCGUUGUCAUGUUUACUGUUUGAUUCCGGAAGUCGUUUAUAACAACACACUCAUGGCUUCGCAAAACUGGAUCGAUAUUCUAGAAUCAGCAAAGAAAACGGCUUUGAUUCACGAUGGCAAACGGAAGAUCCACUACCUCUUUACGGAUGGAAAAGAAAUGGCAGAAGAGUAUGACUUGAGAACAGAUGAACUGAUUGUACGAAAGUGGCGUCACAAAAGUACUCUUGGAGCACAUGGCCAAUGGCAGCAAGAAGUUGGAGAAACACUUGUUAGUCCUGUCACCAGUUUGGAUGCUGACUUGAUAAAAGAGAAUUGUUCCAAUCCAGUGUUAGUGCGGAAAGAUACGAAGACCAGUUUUCAGUGGAGAAUCCGGAACCUUCCUUAUCCCAAAGAAGUCUUUCAUGUUUCAGUGCAGCCAUCAGAGAGAUGUAUUGUCAUAAAAACAUCAAACAAGAAGUAUUACAAGAAGUUCAAUAUUCCUGAUCUGGAUCGGAGUCAACUUCCAUUGGACAGCUCUGCCUUAAGCUUCACUCAUGCCAACAACACUUUAAUAUACAAGAAAUCCAACGAGAUUUUAACCCUGGAGCAGAACCUGAUGAAGGAGCUGAAGAAGCUGAAGGGAUCCAGCGAAGAGAACGUUGACUGCAAAACUCAGUGAAUUGUGACUGAGAAGAAAAAGAGUCUGCUCCGACGGGUGAAUGUUCAUCAAAACACUUUUAGUUCAUCUUUGUUCGAAUAAAAUACUCUAUAGAUGAUUUCUGUUUGCGUUUUUCACCCCAUUGACAUUUUUUUGUAGAAAAGUGAUUUUGUCACAAAAAAUAUGAUUUUUUAAAAAAGUGCCGUAGUAUAUCUGAUUCGACCUCAUGUUACAUGCUUCCCCUGCGCUGGCUCCUUACUGUGUUUCUUACCCGCUCUCCUUUCAUUGAUGGCCUUGUAAAGUACUCAAAACACACAAAGCCCCAUCCCUGUUCGUUCCAGGGUCACUGUUACGAGCACGUCCCAUUUGUGUUAACUGAAUACCUUAGUGUUCCUUGCGUGUCGUGGCCCACCCUGAGAGCCAUUAGUGGAACUUUGGUGAUCAAACUGUUCCCAUUUUGCCCCUGAGGUUUCGUAAGGCCUGGCUUGUGGUCAACAUCACUGAUGCAAAUUUGGAUUAAGACAAUAUGAGACUUUGUUCCAAAUUGAUGUAAUACUAUUGUUCACGUGGUACAGCAAUUUCUGUCUGUGUGAUGUUUUUACAAGCAUCUGAUGAGGACUAAUGCACUUUCAUUUUCUUGAAUUUUGUGGAAAACCCACAUAGUUUUAGGUUAUGUAACUAACCUAUUUGUGUAUUUUGUAAAAUAAUUAACCUAAAAUGACAGCAAAACACAAACUUUUGUGAUUUAGGGCUAUAUAAAUAAACAUUGAUUGAUUGAUUGAAAUGUGCUACAUGCAUUGUAUUGUUUUGUGGAAGCACUUGCGUUUGUUUGGUUCAAACCAUCCAUCCAUCCAUCCAUUUUCUACCGCUUGUCCCUUUUGGGGUCGCUGGAGCCUAUCUCAGCUGCAUUCGGGCGGUAGGCGGGGUACACCCUGGACAAGUCGCCACCUUGGUUCAAACCAAAUGAAUGUUUAUUUAAAAUAAAGCAUUACAUACAUUCAACCUAUUCGUUAAGAGUCGUGGGUUAACUACAGCCUAUCCCACCCAACUUUGUGCCAGCAGUGGGGUGCAUUCUCUCCUGGUCACCUGUCAAUCACACAACCAUUCACGCCUAUGGACAAUUUAAAGCAGGGGUGUCCAAAGUGCAGCCCAAGGGCUGUUUGUGGCCUGUGGCACAUUCUAAAAGUACUUGUAAAAUCUGGAAAAAAACUUAGACUUAGACUUCCUUUUAUUGUCAUUCAAAUUUGAACUUUACAGUACAGAUAAGAACCAAAUUUUGUUGCAUUAGCUCGUUGUAGUGCAGGAUAAAAGAGCAAUAAGGUGCAGAUAUAAAUAAAUAGAUUACUGUACAGAUAAAUAUAUUGCACUUUUUCAUAUGCGUUUAUGGAUGUAUGUUAUAUUGUCUUUGUAUUCCAGCGAGUUAAUCCGUUUUUUGGGGGGGAAUUGAGGGAAUUAUUAUGAUGCGUUCAAGAGUCUGAUGGCCUGAGGGAAGAAGCUGUUACAGAACCUGGAGGUUCUGCUACGGAAAACAUGUGUAAUGUAAAAAAGAACACGUUAAAAUGUUGACACUUUAUUUACAUUUAUGCUAUUAACACAAAUCCCACAUGCAUUCCCCAUAAAAAAAAAUCUACAUGUAUUUGUUCUGAAACUGUAAAAUGUCAAUCUCACAUGCCGGUUAUUAGUAUUAAGUUUUACUUCCUGUCCAGCGCUCUUAACUUUGUUUCCAAAUCCUGUUUUUCUCUCUUUGCCACCACUUUAGUCUGAGGGCUGGCUCCCUUACCUGUCCCUGUUUGCCGAUCAGGCUGCUUCCUAUGUCAGCCCUGUUUUCUGAACUGUGCUGGAUCACAUUGCGUUGCCUUGUACCACAAUGUGCUGCAUAGCUUUCCUUAUGCUCCCUGUGC